UUUUCAGGUUAUGUGAUUUUGAGUAAUUGUCAUAACAAAUCGAAUUUAUAUAAAUAUCGGAUUCAAAAGUUAUCGUUAAGUUCAAAUAUUAAUAAGAUCUAGGUUUAAAAUGAGUGCUCCACCUCAAGCUCUGGUUAAUAGAAAUAAAAAGCACUUUUUAGGUGUUCCAGCACCGUUAGGAUAUGUAGCUGGUGUUGGCAGAGGAGCUACAGGUUUCACAACUCGUUCUGAUAUUGGUCCUGCUCGAGAUGCUAAUGAUGUGUCAGAUGAUCGCCAUGCACCACCUGCAGCUAAGAGAACAAAAAAAAAGGACGAAGAAGAGGAAAAAGAAGAGGAGGAAGACUUGAAUGAUUCUAACUACGAUGAAUUCAGUGGUUACGGUGGUUCUUUAUUCUCUAAAGAUCCUUAUGAUAAAGAUGAUGCUGAAGCAGAUGCCAUUUAUGAGGCCAUUGACAAAAGGAUGGACGAGAAAAGAAAGGAAUACAGGGAGAAAAGAUUGAGGGAAGAAUUAGAAAGAUAUCGUCAGGAAAGACCUAAAAUCCAGCAACAGUUCUCUGAUCUCAAGAGAGAUUUGAUAAACGUGUCUGAAGAUGAAUGGAAAAAUGUACCUGAAGUAGGUGACGCUAGAAAUAAGAAAGAGAGGAAUCCAAGGUCAGAAAAAUUCACGCCACUUCCAGAUAGCGUGCUUUCUAGAAAUUUGGGGGGAGAAGUUGGCACAUCUUUGGACCCAUCCUCUGGCUUAGCAAGUAUGGUACCAGGUGUCGCCACUCCAGGGAUGUUAACACCAACUGGAGAUAUGGACUUGAGAAGGAUAGGACAAGCUAGAAAUACAUUAAUGAAUGUUAAAUUAUCGCAGGUUUCUGAUUCGGUUACUGGGCAAACUGUUGUCGACCCUAAAGGUUACUUGACAGAUCUUCAAUCAAUGAUUCCCACCUAUGGAGGCGAUAUCAACGAUAUUAAAAAGGCAAGGCUUCUUCUGAAAUCUGUUAGAGAAACAAAUCCGAAUCAUCCACCCGCUUGGAUUGCUAGUGCCCGUUUGGAAGAAGUCACUGGAAAAGUACAAGCUGCGAGAAACCUCAUCAUGAAGGGGUGCGAGGUCAAUCCACUCAGUGAAGAUUUAUGGUUAGAAGCAGCCAGAAUAAAUCCUCCCGACACAUCUAAGGCAGUAAUCGCUCAAGCUGCAAGACAUAUACCCACCUCUGUUAGAAUUUGGAUAAAAGCCGCUGACCUUGAAGAGGAAACCAAAGCCAAGCGCAGAGUGUUCCGAAAGGCACUAGAACAUAUUCCAAACUCCGUAAGAUUGUGGAAAGCUGCUGUAGAACUAGAAAAUCCAGAAGACGCCAGAAUAUUGCUAUCCAGAGCUGUAGAAUGUUGUCCAACUGCUGUGGAGCUCUGGUUGGCGUUGGCAAGACUUGAAACUUACGAAAAUGCGAGGAAAGUGUUGAACAAAGCUCGUGAGAAUAUCCCUACCGAUAAACAAAUUUGGACCACUGCUGCUAAAUUGGAAGAAGCUAACGGUAAUGUCGCUAUGGUGGAAAAAAUUAUCGAAAGGGCCAUUGCUUCUUUGAAUGCGAAUGGUGUUGAGAUAAAUCGAGAGCACUGGUUCAAAGAGGCGAUUGAAAGCGAGAAGGGAGGUCAUAUACAUUGUUGUCGUGCUAUCAUCAAAACUAUCAUCACUUAUGGGGUAGAACCGGAAGAUCAAAAACACACGUGGAUGGAAGAUGCAGAACAUUGCGUAAAUCAAACAGCCUACGAGUGUGCCAGGGCAGUUUACAACCAUGCCCUGGCUGCGUUCCCUGGAAAGAAGUCGAUAUGGCUUCGAGCAGCAUACUUGGAGAAAAACCAUGGUACCAGAGAAUCCUUGGAAUCUUUACUACAGAGGGCGGUGGCUCAUUGCCCUAAGAACGAGGUACUGUGGUUGAUGGGUGCUAAAAGUAAAUGGUUGGCCGGUGACGUUCCAGCAGCUAGAGGAAUCUUGUCAUUGGCGUUUCAGGCGAAUCCAAACAGCGAAGAAAUUUGGUUGGCCGCUGUGAAGUUAGAAUCAGAAAAUCACGAGUAUGAGAGAGCCAGAAAACUUCUCGCUAAAGCCAGAGGUUCUGCUCCAACGCCGAGGGUGUUGAUGAAAAGUGCAAAACUCGAAUGGUCCCUAAAUGACACAUCUGCCGCCCUGAAACUCCUUGAUGAAGCUCUCAAAGUUUUCCCCAACUUCCCGAAACUGUGGAUGAUGAUGGGGCAGAUUCAUGAGCAGCUGGAUGAACUACCCAAAGCGUUCGAUUCAUACAAUUCAGGGAUUAAGAAAUGUCCAGACUCCAUUCCGUUGUGGGUCCUUUUGUCAAGACUAGAGGAAAGGAGGGGAGUGUUGAUCAAAGCCAGAUCAGUUUUGGAAAGGGCGAGAUUGAAAAACCCCAAAAAUGAUAUUUUGUGGCUGGAGGCGAUCAGGGUAGAAUUGAGGGCGAACUUGAAAGACAUUGCCAAUUCUAUGAUGGCGAAAGCACUACAAGAAUGUCCAACAUCUGGUGUCUUAUGGGCUGAAGCCAUUUUUAUGGAAGCCAGAGCCCAAAGAAAAUCAAAAUCGGUGGAUGCCUUGAAAAAAUGCGAGCAUGACCCCAACGUCCUAUUAGCUGUGAGCAAACUAUUCUGGGCCGAAAGAAAAAUUGGUAAGUGUCGAGAAUGGUUCCAGAGGACCCUCAAAAUUGAGUCCGACUUGGGUGACGCAUGGGCAUAUUGGUACAGAUUUGAGCAACUCCACGGCACAAAGGAACAGCAGCAAGAAGUUAAACAAAGAUGUCUCGCAACUGAGCCACAUCACGGUGAACUCUGGUGCUCUAUUUCAAAAGAUAUAAAGAAUGUUAGGUUAAGUAAUGAACAAUUACUUGAAGCUGUAGCCAAAGCUGUUCCAAUACCCACUUAAUUAUUGUUGAUAAACGUAAAAUAUAAAAGAUAAAAAAAUUCAAUAAAAAAGUUUUAUUGUAAGAGGUCAUUACAUAUACAUUUAUUUACAAAUGUCAUCAAAAAUAUAUAUAUUUUUUUACUUA